AUGCUGUCGUCUACGGUGGUGACGGUCAUGGCACCUCACUGGAGCGGGCGACUGCGCAGGAGCAAAAGGGAAGGGAUGUCGGACUUUCAGGGGAACUUGCAAACCAGGACAGAAAUCUCCUCGGAUGUUGAGAGGAUGCUGUCGAGUGGACUGCAAAGCCAGCAUCGUGCACCUUUCGUAAGGAGCAAUACCGUGGGCUGGUCAGCAAGGAGUGGACCUACAAGUUUGGACAAUGAAAGAACAAUGCUUACAUCUGCCUCUUUGGACAAUAAGAGAACCGACAGACCCAUCCCGUCGCCUCUCUCCUCUGUCUCCACACCCUCCACUCUCUCCCUUGUCCCCCAUGUCCAUAGACUUAAACGAACCACAAAGAUCGCCGCAAAGGGGCCACUCGCCGCUAAGUUCAAAGCCAACGACGAGCAGCAUGCUUUUGUCUUUACGAAGGGUCAACAGUCCAAUGAGUCCUACUGA